GAUGUGGCGAUGGAAUGUAUCAAUUUUAAACUUAUUUUGGAUAUUUACACUAUUGUUUUGGAUAACAACGGUCUUUGUUGUUGAAAAUGUAGUGGAUAUUUUAGAAAAUCCUAAAUUUCGAAUUAGACAUCGAGAUAAGAGAUUUUCGGAAAAUUCGUCUUUUAACGGAACGAAUUUCGUUACAAAUAAGCCAUCUUUUGUCCAAAAUAAUGGCACUACUGUUAAAUUCUUAACUACUGGCCUUCUGGAUGCGGUUAACAGUGAUACGAGGACAAAUGACUAUCCGUCCAAACAAGUUACUAACGAAUCAACUGCAAAUGUCACCUCGGAAGGAGAGACGUCAUCAAAAUCGCCCUAUAAUUCGACGUUAGCGUUAAGGGAUAAUACUAAAGGCUACUUUUCCAUAAAUAACACAUCUAAUGGAACAGAAAGUAAACCUGAAAAAACUGAAUAUUAUACCAAUCCUACUCAAUCUUAUUUAUAUAAUAACGAAUCGACCGUUAGUUCCCGCCUUAAUAAAUCAACCACUUCUGACGUUCAGCUUAUUCAAAAUUUAACAACUACUAAUUUUGUACAAAAUGAGACAUUUGCUAAAACUACAGUUAAUCAAUUAUUCGAUUAUAAUAAUACUCAACAAGUUAACACAACCUAUUCUACAAAAAUGAAUAAAUCCUUUACAACAACUUCAGAUUACUCAGUGAAAUCAUCUGUUCAAACAACAAUUAAAAAUCUACGUUCAUCUUCAAAUAUUACGAAUAGUGUCAAUUUUACAACUCCAUUGUAUUAUUCAAAUACUAAUAAUUUUACACUUUCGUUAAAUCAAACAACAUCUGUGUCAUCGGAGAUAUUUAAUGUGACUAGUGCAACAACGCCUAACCUUGCAAAUUAUACUACUGUCACAAAAAAAUAUGACAACAUUACAAGAGGUAUUAGGUAUCCAACGACCCCAUCCGUUUCCAACGCAAGCUCAACUGAGAAACGAACUGAUAGGCCAGAAUUUACGAAGACUGUGAGAGUUGUAUCUACAGAAUCGAUACCUGGAAUAGCUAAUGAAUUUAAUUAUACCGAUAAAAUCAAUAGUUCAAUGGAUUUAUCAACGCAAACAGAUGAUUCUAGUACUAAGUCUUCCUUUCAUCCAACAACAGUUGGUUCAUCUACAGUUACCAUGAGUCAGUUAGCAGAUGAUAGUUUAAUUACAUCAGAAAGCUCCGUUAAAGACAAAUCAACAUCAGCUUUAACUACACCUUCGAACAAUAACAAUAAUAAUGUAACUGAGGCCACUAGUAAGCAGAUUUCAAAGAGUACUAUCAAUCCUACUUCGAUAACAGAAAUGUUUCACCCUACAACGACGAUUAGCGGAAGCAAUAAAAGUGAUUUUGAGAAUUCAACAACGCUAAUUUCUGCACCGAAGAGUACAGUGAAGCCAGGAAACGUAACUAUUGACUACUUGCAAACAACAGAAAAAGAGGAAAUUAAAACUGUUAACACUUCAAGUAGUGAGAUUACGACUACAGAUAGUUCUGAAACGUCGAUUGUAACACAAGAAGGAUCACCCAUUGUUACACCUUCAAAUGACAAUGAGUUUUCCAACACUAUUAAUCUAGAUAAUAAAACAACUGCAAAUGAUGCCAACAGUGGCAAAAGUUAUCCUCCGAACGUAACACCGGAAUAUACAACAUUCUCCUAUGGCACUAAAGAGAAGGAUAAAGUGUCAAAGACAUACACUACGAAUGUUAAUAAAUUACAAACUGCGAGUGUUGUUAAUUUUACAAACACUAUGAAAAUUGACUAUAGUACGAAAUCUACGAGCUAUUUUACUUCUGAGGCGAAAACAACAGUUAAAAAUAUACCAACAACACAGCAAAUUUCUGUUAAAACUCUUGCUGCUUCAUCACCAACAACCAAAGUUGAUAAUGGAAAUUAUUCAUUUAAUUAUCAAACAUCAAUUAAAGACAAUUUAAAAAAAACUACACCAAAUUUAAAUUAUCAAUCUACCCAGACUGCUGAAAAUGACUAUACUAAAAAUACUUAUCCUAUUACUAUUCCAAAUAGUCCUAAAAAUUCUAUUACAAACACAAAAACACCUAUAAAACCUACUGAUGGGAGUGUUGACUCUGAAACGUUAACAGUAAUCGUUGUAGGCCUUUUAACCAAUGAAAAAAUAUCAAUAAUUAAAACGGAUAGCUUUUUAAAUGGCAUGAAAAAAGCUUUGGAAGAUUUGUACAAAAAAGGCUUAAAUCCUGAAGAGAAAUUGAAAAGAUCAACUUCAGAUAUUAAAAUUAAGGUUAAGAGUAUUGAAGAAACAAAGAAAUAUAAAAAAUUGGCUGCUGAGAUUGUUUUUGAGGUGAUGGAAAAAUCGACAACAGUACCUGCAAAACGAGUCUCGGAAAUUAUGAAUAAAGUUGGAAAUUCCUCUAUACAGUCUAAGAUUGUUGGACGUACGGUUCUAAAAUCGCCUACUCCGUUUGUUGUAUCGACAACAAAUAAACCGCCUACGACAGACAAUCAAAUGCAACUACCUCUUCCGCCUUGGGCUUUUAUCAUUGUGAUCUUAGGAUCUCUGAUAGUAGUCUUUAUCCUAGUUAUAUUGUUCAUUAAGAGAUCCCAUUGCAAAUUAUUUCUAAGUAAGAAAAGAUCACGAAAGAAAAUCUUGAAGAUAAAAGCAAACAGGCAAUACGAAGAAUGGUUUGAAACUCUAAAUAAUGGUAAGAUUAUUGACAAAGUUUAUUCGGAUGAUAGAAGAGUGAUAGAGGAAACAGAAGGCGUUCUAAGUGAUUUGUAUUCUCCCGAUACAACAUUACCACCUAUUUCACCUGCUGCUUCAUCAGAGAUAAAAUCACCUCCAAUUAAUCAGAUACAUCAACAAGUUGAUUUUACGGAAAUUGCUCCCAGUGAACGUAUUGAAUUGUUACCUCCACCCGUAAAGCAUAAAGAUAAAGAAACUAGAAAACAAAAAGAAAAGAGGCCAAUUGAUAAGACAAAUAGCGGAGAAAUAGCUCAAAUUUUCCAACCAGAAGGCUAUGAUCUACCUAAAUUUGAAAUUCUUCGAGUAACUGGAAAACGUGUUAAAACUCAACAACUAGAUGAGCCUGUUGAUCCAGCUACCAUACACCCUAGCCAAUAUAUACCAAAGAGUAUUGUACGACCUGUUGUUAUAAAGACAAGAGACUAUUCUCCCCAACCUCCAGUAGUUAAUUCACCAAGGCAGGAAAAAUCUAAGAUUCAGAGCGCCAAAAGAGAUUUUUCCCCACCCCCUUUUCAAAAUGAUGAAAAUUCACGAGUAGAAUUUGUAAAAUUACCCCCGCAGUCUCCAACUAAGCUCUCUGAGGACCGUAAUCGGAGUUCAUUUAGACCAGUAAAUGGCCCCAAAAUUGUCACACCAAUUAAGACGCCACUGAACGAUUAUCCUCAAGUACACAUUACGAGAAUAAAAUCUGAUGGAAGGACCAUGCAGAGGAUUGAGCCUUACGGAGCAUCUGCUCAUUCAGAUGAUGAUAAGAAGACUGCAAAUAAAUCGAAUAAGUUAACUGAAAUAUUAGAUCAGUAUUCCACACCAGACAGAUCUUUAACUAAACAACCUAUUGAUAGAUUGCCAAAGUCCAUUCUAAAAGAUUUAUAUCCACAUAUUUACGAAGCAAAAAUCUUAGAAGAAAAGAAAGCUGACGAUGAAUUAUUUGAUCAUGUGUGCUACCCCUGA